CCGCAGGCUGCGAGCUUCCCAGCCGCUAGACCCCGGCGGCGGGACUUCCGGCCGUUCGGCUCCUGCAAAAUGGCGGCCGCCGUGAGGGCUCUGCCGUUUCGUUUUCCUCUCCGUAAAUUCAGGUGUAGAAGCCUCUUGCUUUUCCGCCUAACCCCAGCCUCGUGUGGUCUGUCAAGUCCUCUCUUGAUUAGCCUAGUCGUUUUUAUAGCACAGUUUAAAGCAAGGUCUUUAAUCGUGGGUCAGACUCCUGCCUUUCACCUUUCUCAAGGCAGUGUGACCUUGACCUUCCUAAAUCAGAGACUAAAAUGUCUGUAAAGCUUUAGCCCUGUGCUUGGUUUAGAAUAAGCAUCCAGACCCUGACUGCUUGUGUUUUCUAUUGUCGGGGAAACGACAUCCAUAUCCCCUCAGUGUACUGAGCGGAAUCUGUAUUGGUGGAAAACUUACAGAGCAGGAACUGAAUAUAUAGAACAUGAAUUCUCCUGUUCUCCUCACUUCACCCUUGUUCUCUAUCUUCUUAACUUUUAACAGCUUCCCUGUUUCCCUUGAACCUGGAUGCUAUUUUUUUUUAAAUCUCCUGAUUAUAUCUCAAAGCUAAAAGGAUUUGUGUUUAGAAAGUAUGGAGAUUAAUUCAAUUAAAUAAAUAUUUAUUCAGCUUUGACUUUUAGCGGAAUACUGGAAGAUAGACCUGGAAAGGUAAGUUAGGGUGAACCUCUAGGAAGUUCCUUAGGUUAGCCUUACAGUUUGGACCUAUCCUCUGACCACAGUAAAACCAUCAAAUUCUUUUUUCAUGAAAACAUGUCUUAGUGAUCACACUAUUUUCAGAUAUGCAAUCUGGAAGCUUUCCCAGGAUUAGCUGAAAGACUGAAAGCAGGAAAAACAUGACUUUGGGAAAAACCAAGCCACGAGGAAAUAAAGAUGUACUCUGGGGUGGUGGAAAUGAAAAGAAUGAAAGAGGCUUGAGAGACAUUACAAAAGGAGAACUGAUGGGACUGGAUUACUGAUAGGGCAAGAAAAGGAAGGAGAUAAUGAAGGUAUGUAUUUGUUCAUCCAUCAUAGUAAAGAAAAGGAAUUGAGCUAGGGAGACUCUAACAUCCUUAUUAGUUCUAAAGUUCUACUGUUUCCUAUCGUUCUGUUAUCUGAAGAUGAAAGGAAGAAAUGUUUCAAGUGAGGGAAGUGGUUACAAGAAGAUAAUGAAUUUGGUUUUAGGCCUAAAAUCUAAAACCUCAAGAAACUUAGUUUAGUCUCCUCUCUUGAAAAAGUUAUUGUCAUCUUCUUUAUUUGAGGUCCUGGAGAUUAAGUCAUUGAUCUAAGAACAGCCAGCAAGUGAAUGAGAGUCUAAGUGCUCACUGUCCUGUGAACUAACUGCUCAUGAAGGUGUCAGCACAUGAGGAAUCACCUGCUUGUAUGGAAGUAGGAACAGCUGAACUGGGUGGCCUGGAUUACAGGGCUCCAAGAACAGAGAAGCGAUGCACUUUGCCAGGUAGUUGGGAAGCAGGCUGGAGCUCAGAAAGGCUUUUCUCCCUUUUCUUUAUGGUUCCAAGCAGAUUCAGAAUCCAACUAGAGGACCUUAAAGUGAAUGACCCACCCAGAUCUCUGAUGGAGGUGGGAGGCAUGCCCAGCCCUGGUUCGUCUCUCAAGGAGUCUUCAGUGCCUAAUCUGAUUCCACAACCCAUCAGCUUUCAAAGGGAUUCUGGAGAGCUCUCUUGGCAUUAUGGAUGGACAAGAACCAGGAUGAGGUUGUCCAAGCUCCAGAGGGCUGAAGGCAAUGAGGCAAUCAAUGCAAGAGGAGAAGCAGAAAAGGCUGCUCAACCCAAGAAGAAGCCAAAGGUGUUCCCAGAUCCACGUCAGUUUCUCCGAAUAAGGAAUUUUAAGGACGAAUGAGACUGCAGAGAUCAGAGUCCACACCAUCAUUUACAGAAGAGGAGACGGGGGUCCAGAGAGGUUAAGUGACCUGCCUCUGUCACACAGCAGGCAGCAGCAGAGCUGGUGCCAGAAGCCCGGUCUGUCUCCAUGGUCCAGUGUCAUUAUGGCCUUAAGCCUCAUUUUAAGUUCAGAGGAGGAUUUCACUUAAUUCCUCUCUAUAAGCAUAAGAAGAGGUGGAAGGAAGAGGGGUAGAGAGAAGGCUGUGAUGUGGAGGGAAGCAGUUGAGGGUAGGUUUGUAUUGCUGUUGGGGAUGUUAUUAUAAUCAAAGGCCGAAGAAAAGUGGAUUGAGACCCCGAGGCGAAUAAAGAUAAUCACAGUCCUGGACUUCAAAGAGGAUUUUAAAUGCGUACAUCACCCUAUUCAAUACAUAGACCAGUCCCAGCCUAAUGACAGAGUAAAACAAUAAUCAACAGUCUCCGGACCAAUCAGAUGAAGAAUCCUCCAUGUUGAUCUACAGAAACAGAAAAUGAAGGACGGACAGAGAUUAUUAUAGUACAACACGGUGGUUCUCACCAGUCUGGGUAAAGCCGUAAAGAAUCACAGCCAACGACCCUCCUAUGGUGACCCCAAAUCACCAGAGACUGAAUAAGGGCAACAGUGACAUGGAUAAAAUAUAAGAACAAUUGUUUUUUAUAAUUCUGGUUUUUCAAGUUGUGUUUCCGUGACUACCUGUUAUGGUUCAGUAUUUCCCUGGUAGUAGAAACAUAUUUUAGAAUACUGUAUUCCUUCCAUUCUAAAACACCACCUUCUUCAAUAGCAAAAUACCCCCCUUAUAGCUUUUUCGGGGGAAAAGGAAACAGUACCAAAUUAAAUGUAUGCAUUUAUUGUAAGAGAAAUUCUACGUGCAACUUGUUAAAACAUGGGAAUUAUGUGAUUUAAAAGAGCAGAAACAAAGGAAUUAACUUCAUCCCCAUAAACUUAUCAGUACAGCUACAUAGAGGGCUGAUCAUUUAAAAAUAAUCUCAGAAACAGAGAAAUUAAAAACAAAUUUUGUCCUAUUCUAUGUCCUGCUAAUAUAAGUUGGUAUAAUUUUACUUGGGGAAAUAUUUGCAAUACAUUUCCUUAUGUUUUGGCAGCUCAGCCUCCACUGACCCUACUUACAAUGAUGUCCUUCAGUUUUCGUUUGGAGACGCAUCCAUCCAUCCCUCCCUCCCUCCCUCCCUCCUUCCCAGACCCUGUGGGUCCAGAGGAAUUCACUCCCAUUCCAGAUACACGAAGAGCUGGCUCAUAGGAUCCUUGCAUUCAUGUGGCCCCAGAGACUUUUUUGGCGAUGGCCUGUGACCUCAUCAGAACCAAGGGAAUUUGUGGCCAGAGGAGAGGACUCUUCCUGAGGGAUGAGAUUGGAGUUGGAUCUGUGAAGAUGGAGGGGCUGGAAUUGGCUCACUCAUCCUCUCACCCACAUGGGGUUUGAAAAUGAGACCAACAAAGUGGGGGAGCUGGGGAUGGAGAACACCCAGCUGUUGACGUUGUUGGCUGAAUCCAUCUAUACCUGAAGCUAGCUCUAUUUUGGACUUUUAACUUACACUAGCAAAUAAAUUCUCUAUUUUGUUUAA